AUGGCGUCGGCUAGGGAGGACCUGCUUGAAGUUACAUCUUCGGGGGGCGAGUCCCGGUUAGAUGCUCGUCAGUUAUCAGCUCUUGCGCAUUUCAAAGUCGACAUCUCACCGCAAAAUCAACAUGUUUAUUAUGCUCCGCGAGUACCACUAUUAUUCCUCCGUGUAUUUCUGGAACUAUUUCGUCAACCACAUUUUUUCCUAAUUUUAGUGUCUUUCAUUUGGUCAGACCCUCGUCGUUCAGUAACCGAUCCUGCAGUCGAUGUUCGCAAAUUCAUUGACGAUUUUAAGAGGCGAUAUCUGCCUCUUGCUCAUGAAGGUCAGAAUGAGAGUGAUGUAGAUGUGGUAACGCGUUCAUUACCUGUACCUCCUUUCUAUAAUGGUACCUACGGUGAGGCUCUGAGGGAAGCCAAGCAAAGUUUGCGCUUCUUAGUCAUCUACCUUCAUGCCGAAUCGCAUGAGGAUACGGAUGCCUUUUGUCGUUAUACUCUUCUGGACCCGAUCUUGCUGGAUUUCCUUAACAACACAGAACAAUUGUUGUUUUGGGCUUGCAGUGUUAGCUCUCCUGAGGGCUAUCGUGUGUCUCAGAUUUUGAGAGAAAAUACGUAUCCCUUCAUCGGUGUUGUCGGUUUAUCUAGUAACCCUGUUUACUCGCAGACAUCCUUCGGCUCGCCCACCCGUAUGGCCCUUCUUGGCCGAAUUGAGGGCCUCAAUAGCGCAGCCACCUUGAUUCAACAUCUCACGAAUAUAAUGAAUGAUCACCAAGGGAUUCUGGUGGCAGAACGAGUCGAAAGAGCAGAACGUGAACUGUCAUUGCGCUUGCGGCAGGAGCAGGACGAGGCUUUCGCCGCUUCUCUCGCGCGAGACCGCGCAAAGGCGGCAGAGCGCGCUGCACACGCGGAAGCCGAAGCGCGCCUUGCAAAGGAGACAGCGGAGACGCAGCGUCGAGAGGAGCUUCUCACUCGUGCCCGAGUUUGCCGUCAACGUCACUGGGCCGCGUCUCUCCCUGCUGAACCAUCUGCAUUCGUUCCAACGGAAGUUGUUCGACUCUCCGUCAAACUACCCAGCGGACGCCGCAUGCAGCGCUUGUUCUCUGUUAAGGACUCGGUGAAACUUCUCUACUACUUCAUAAUUUCCCAGGAGGAUGCUCCAAAACACUUCGUCGUAGAAUCCAAUUACCCGAAGCGAAUAAUCGAAUGCCGUCCAGAAGAAGAAAGCGACAUUGAGGAAUACAUUCCCAACGAGGAAAACUACGGCAACGUCGGCAUCAGCGAAAACCCCUCCAAACGGAUAGACGACUGGGAGCCAAAGAGUCCAAAGGAUCCCCCCUCUUUCAAGGAUGCUGGACUCGCACACUCAGAAAUGCUUUUCAUUAUUGACAUGGACUCUUGA